CCUCUUCAUCCACAGACGAAAGGUAAAAUUACAUCUUAUCUUACAUGUGUGUUUCGAUUCAAGAUUAGCUAACCAAAAGGUGUAUGUUUUUUCUAGUGACUAUAACCGGGUCAAUGGCUGGCCAUGGUUGAAGGUCUUGUAAAUAGUCUCAUCAUUAAAUAGCAUUUGUAUCAUAAGUGAACACCCCUCUCUUUCCUUCUCCUAUAUCCCCUUCUUCUUCUUUUGCUUGUCAUCAUCAUAGUCAACACAAGAAACAACAAGAAAAAGAACCGGUUGUUGGUGCUUUUUAUAAUAAUUUACACAUACACACACACACACACAUUAUACCCCACACACUAUUUUCUUUCUUCUAUCUGAUUAUCCCCGUGCAGAACAACAACAACAACAAUAAUAAUAACCAUGCUUUUAUUGCAACAACAACAAGAAAUUACAUGCCGUCAGGCGCGUGUGCGAAAACUAGAACAACAGCUACAGUAUUCCCAAUAUGAACUUUACGCGGUGGAGUACGAGCACCGAGAAACGGAGCGGCAAUUACGACUGAUCCAGACACAAGAUAUCUGGGUGUCUGCAGACGAACAUCAUACCAUUACACAUUAUCGUCAGCUGAUUUCUAACCAGUUCUACCGGAAACGAUGCCAGGUGCAACAGCUCCAGGAUAAAAUCACGCAGGAAGCUACGAGUAUUAGACACAAGUGCCAUCUUUGGUUAUUGCAUGCGUCGUCGUCCAACAAGAAAGCCAUCGAUGAAAAGAAAAACACGACCGUGACAUUUCCCCCUAAAACGAUGACAAACAAUAGCAACAGAAAUAGCAGCACCAGUACUGGUAGUAGCUCUCUACAAGAAGCUGCUACUGUACAAUAUCCUUCCUUUGUUAUAUAUUUGGGCAAUCAAUCGAUGCGUUGGCAAGACUAUCUCGACCACAUUGUCCAACUACGCUCUUCCAAUCAAAAAAAAUUUGCCGACAUGUUUCUAUGGUCAUCUACUUUGCCUUCUAAGAAUCAUCGAAUCAGACGCCACUCACCACCACACCAUCCAUAA